AGAGAGGGAUUCGCCGUAAGAAAAUUGAUGAGAGAUGACCCGAGAAAUGCCGGUCGGAGCCCGAGUUUCGGGUUUCCGGUCUAGGUCUUGAGAGCAAUCUGGAAUUGGGAUCGGGUUCUUGAGGUUUUCGUUGAUUCUUGUUCUUUAUUUCAAUCAAAAUUUGGUUUUUGAUCCAUAUCUUGUGGUUGGUGAUCUUGAUUUUUGAGACUUCGCAAAUCUUUUGCAUUCUAUUUAAAGGAUUACGAGGAGGAGUGCCUACCAUCGAAAUCAAGUUCUUGAAGAAUCUGGAAAAGAUUUGAAUUUUAUGAUGCAUUGGAGGUGAAAGAUUUCAUUUUGAGGAGUUUGAGAGUUUGCUCCUGUUGGAUGUGUAGAAUCCCUCUUUCCUCAAGAGGGAUUUGGGUUGCAAUUGAACAGAAUCUUUGCGCUGUUUGAAGGUUUUGGUGUCGCAGAGUUCUUGGGGCAAUGCAGUUCCAUUGCCACACUUAAUGUGUCCAAUUUGUAAUACCAGAGGAAAAAGGUGGUGUUUAGUUGUGCUUAUGGGCUGCAUUUGCUCCAAGGGUAUUAGCGCAGAUGAGGAUGGUGAGACCCAGCAGAAAGAUCUGAGCAAGUCCUUGAAGCGGUUCGCCACGCUCUCGAAGAAAGAGGAGGCUGUGGCAGCAGUUGCCGAAGUGGUUGUUGGAAAUGACGGGGUUGCAGUCGGCCCUGCACUCCGAAUGUCGGAUGAGGAGAAGGAGAAGAAAGCCGCGGUGAAUGCCGACAGGAUGCGGAAAGCUGUUCGGCACCAGAGACGGGCGACUGUGGAUGUCGGGGCAAAUGGCAGUUCAACGGUCGGUGGCGGCGAUGAGGCGGAGCCCAAUUUGGCAAUUGUUGAUGUGCCCAAUGGGUUCUCGGGGGAGCAUGAGGCAGCUGGUUGGCCUUCCUGGCUCACAUCUGUGGCAGGGGAAGCAGUAAAGGGGUGGCUGCCUCGAAGAGCAAAUUCAUUUGAGAAGUUAGAUAAGAUUGGACAAGGAACUUACAGUCAUGUGUACAGGGCCCGUGAUCUUGAAACUGGCAAAAUUGUGGCACUCAAGAAAGUGCGAUUUGUUAAUAUGGAUCCGGAAAGUGUCCGAUUUAUGGCGAGGGAAAUUCAUAUUCUGCGAAGACUUGAUCACCCAAAUGUUAUAAAGCUUGAAGGUAUAGUUACGUCGAGAAUGUCAUGCAACUUGUAUCUUGUCUUCGAAUAUAUGGAGCACGACCUUGCUGGACUUGCAGCAACGCCUGGGAUCAAGUUCACAGAACCACAGGUUAAGUGUUAUAUGCAGCAGCUACUUCGUGGGCUUGAUCAUUGCCAUAGUCGCGGGAUUUUACAUCGAGAUAUUAAGGGUUCGAAUCUUCUGAUUGACAACAAUGGCAUUCUCAGAAUAGGAGACUUUGGCCUGGCAACAAUUUUCAAUCCUGAUCACAAACAACCGCUAACAAGUCGUGUUGUAACACUGUGGUAUCGGCCUCCUGAGCUUUUGCUUGGUUCUACAGAAUAUGAUGUUGCCAUUGAUUUGUGGAGUGCUGGUUGCAUCCUUGCAGAAUUGCUUGCUGGCAAGCCAAUCAUGCCAGGAAGAACUGAGGUGGAGCAAUUGCACAAGAUUUUCAAGCUGUGUGGAUCACCAUCUGAUGAGUACUGGAAGAAAUCGAAGCUGCCUCAUGCAACUAUUUUCAAACCUCAGAACCGAUACCGGCGCUGUUUUGCUGAGACAUUUAAGGAUUUCCCUCCUUCAGCAUUAGCUCUUUUGGAUUCCCUACUUGCAAUAGAACCAGAAAAACGGGGAAGAGCAGCUUCUGCCCUUGACAGUGAAUUUUUCAGAUCAAUGCCACUUGCAUGUGAUCCUUCAAGCUUGCCCAGAUAUCCACCAAGCAAGGAGUACAAUGCUAAACUUCGGGAAGAGGAAGCUAGGAGGCAAAGAGCGGCAGCCAAAAGUGACCGGGGAUCAGAAUCUGUAAGGCCAGGAAGAGGAGAAUCCAGAGCAAUGCAAGUGCCAUUAGAACAGCAGAAGCGACAAUCACAGGCAAAUCCCAAAAGCACCAGUGAUAAGUACAGUCCACUGGAAGAUGGUGCAGAAGGAUUCCCAAUUGACCCACCCUCAGGAGCAGAGAAUGGCUUCCCUCAAUCUGGUCACCCUGGUCCAUAUGGAAACUUAUGGGCUAAGAAUGUCAAUAAAGAUGUCCGUUCCCAUAGUUCUAUGAGGGUGCCAAACGGUCCUCAGCUAAGGACACAGGGAUCAUAUAGGCCUCAGUCUGGUGCCGACUUCUCCAAUUUACCAGCUCCAGCAGCAGCAAAAGGCAGCUCAAACUCGAGAUACAAUCGGCUUGAUGUGACUGAGCCCUCUGAGAAGCAGAUGCUUGAUAGGCCUUCCUCCACUUAUAGGAAAGACUAUGGAGUUGGAGGGAAGGACUCAACAGCAAUGGGUUAUGGUGCUAAGAACAAAAGAAUCCACUAUUCUGGGCCGUUGGUGCCGCCAGGGGGAAACAUUGAAGACAUGCUCAAAGAGCAUGAGAGGCAGAUCCAGCAAGCAGUUCGCAAAGCACGCCUCGAUAAGGUCAAGACCAAGAACUUAUGAGAACAUCACAUUGACGGCCUUGCUCUUUCCAAGCAGGAAUGGCAGUUCAGAUGAUAAGACGAGCUGGUUCUCACUUACAUUCUUGAAAUCGAAAUAAUGGUAGAGCAGAGUACCUUGCACAAGUCUGAAUCAUUUUACAGCACAAAGGCCACAAUUGUCGUGAUUAGCAAAGAAGGAAUGUGAUGUUGGAUGUUAAAGUUGUAAGAUAGCAUGAUCAAGAAGCUCAUGGUGGUUCAAAACCAGUUCUUAGCCGCACUUCUACAGCUUCACCUGCUCAUUUGUAAACUUAAUGCAGAACGCCAAUUGUAUAUUUCAUGGGAGCUUUGAGUUAUGGGGAAGUGUCGAAGAAUAUAUCAAUUUAAGAGUAAGGGCCAAUUGGAAUUUCUUGGGCAUGUCUCUGAGACCAAGGGAUUGGAUCAUGGAAAGCCGAAAUAAGAGGGGUCUAUUUUCAAUUGCAUAUCAUCAUGUAUCUCAGAGUCAUCUUCUCAAAAGUUGAGGGUAUCCAGACAAAGCUCUGUAUAUGUUUAUAUAUUCCUUCUUCUUAGCUGCACCAGAACUCAAAGCUGUCAUCUUAUUGUUAUGUAUGUACUAAUAAUUGGCUGGCCUGCGAAUGGAUAAUAACAGGAUCAUCUAACACAAGACAUUGUCAUUUGGAAGUUUGUUACUAUUGGCCUUAAAGAGGUUUGAAGUAUCAACAGCAGUGUUAGGAGCGAGGUAAGCUUCAUUUCAACCUGGUAGCAAACGGUUGAGGUGUUAGGCAUCCCGUGGUGCCUGCCAUUCUGGCUUCCUCCCCUGAUCUGCAGCCUCCAAUUCCUCCAAUCAACAGUGUUUAGCUCCCAUUGAGAGGCCAGUUUAAGAAAUCAAUGGCCAUAAAAGCUAUGAUUGAGGGAGUCUCUUGGCUUUGUCUUUAGGUUGGUCUCUUUUUACUGAUUGUCUAGAGAAGAAUUCUCUGCUCCAGCAACAACCCAUAACGUAAUUAUUGGUCCAGAUUUUACAGCCCCAAAAAAACCCUAAUCAAUACCUUCCCUCAUGCAAUGCAAUGCAGGCAAAAAAAAAAAAAAAAA